AGUUCGAAAAUCUCAAAAGGAGGCUGCCACCAAUCUUCACAAAGCGACAAACACAAUGGGGUCAACACACACACACACCCGCACGGCUGUGUGUUUUAUUGUCUGUCCCAACGACUACGACUUGGCCAACUUGCUGCAAACUCUCUUUCGUGUUACCAUCGUCUCAAUCCCUUUGCGGGUCAGCGCCUCAAGUCCUCCUUUACCAAAUUAUAUUUAACCACAUACAGAUUUCUUGACCGCCGUACCAAAUCAACGCCUUUCACUCUCUCUCAACUCUUGCCUUUUCCCACUUCAAUUAUUGUUUUAAUUUUGCUUCAUUAUUUCCACUUUGAUUUUCUCUAGCAGCCGUUGCUCUUCUGGGAGUACUUCUAUGCUCUAUGGUGAGCUGAAUUUUGAGUUUUGAGUUUUGAUUAAAUCGUUGCUCAUCUUACUACAGCAGGUAUAUUUUGAGAAAUGAGUUCUUAUGAAAGAGAUGAGAUACCUAUGCUACCAGCUGCAUACUUACAGUCAGAUGCUGGGGAUGACUCUGGUAGUAGAGGAUUGUCAACCAGAAGAAGUGCUUCGAUGUCUGCCCCUUCAAACUCUAUGGAUUCCACUGAAUAUGAACCAAGUCUUGUGGGUUUCACCGGUCCUUUGAGAAAUCCAAGACGGGCUCCUAAUACACAGAUGAGCGGUCCUUUAUAUGCAAACCGCAACCAGGAGUUUGUCUUUCAACCUCCCAAAGGUACACUACGCCAAAAGGGGACAGAGCCCAAACUAGAUGGGGCUGCCAAUAAUGGUUGGUCAGCGGAGAAUUAUGGGGGUAGGAAUGAGCAUCUUUUGAAGUCAGGGCAACUGGGGAUGUGCAAUGAUCCAUACUGCACAACUUGUCCAAUGUAUUACAAUGUUAAGGGGCGCACAAAGCCUUCAAGAAAAACAGAGAUAUUUGAUGCAAAGUUUCACAAUAUGAUACAUGGAGAUGGGAAAGGUUGGGCUAAGAGAAUGUGGUCCUUUCUGUUCCCUUAUAUUGGAACAGUUAUGAACCCCCACAAUGAACAUGUUCAACGGUGGAACCAGUUCUUUGUCCUUGCUUGCUCGUUUGCAGUUUUUUUGGACCCAUUGUUCUUUUUCCUGUUAUUUGUGCAGCAGGAUAAUAAGUGCAUAGUACUAAAUUGGCCGAUGACAACAGCAAUGAUCGUCUUGAGAAGCAUGACUGACUUCAUUUACUUGCUCCAUAUAUUCCUUCAGUUCAGGCUAGCUUAUGUUGCUCCCGAGUCCAGAGUUGCUGGAUCUGGAGAUUUAGUCGAUGACCCUAAAUUGAUUGCUCGUAAUUAUCUCCGUGGAUGCUUUGCUAUUGAUUUCUUCAUUGUACUGCCCCUGCCACAGAUAAUUAUAUUAUUGGUCUUACCCGGUUCAAUUGGAGCAUCUGGCGCAAAUUAUGCAAAAAAUCUUCUUCGAGCAGCAAUCCUCAUACAGUAUAUUCCAAGGUUGUGGAGAUUCUUACCUUUAGUUGCCGGUCCAUCUCCAACUGGCUUCAUCUUUGAAUCAGCAUGGUCAAAUUUUGUCAUCAAUCUUCUUACCUUUGUUUUGGCAAGCCAUGUAGUCGGCUCGUGUUGGUAUCUCUUUGGCCUACAGAGGGUCAAUCAAUGUUUUCGAGACGCUUGUAGUAACAGCAACAUUACGGAGUGUACAAAAUUCAUCGACUGCGGACACGGAAAUGCUAACGAGAGGUUCAAGGAGAAUAGAGAAGAUUGGGAUAUGUGGAAGAACAAUGAGAAUGCAAGUGCUUGUUUCGGGAAAGAAGGUUUUGACUUCGGGAUUUAUGAGACUGCUGUCAAUCUAACCACUCAUAGAAGUUUAAUUAAAAGAUACGUGUACUCGUUGUUUUGGGGGUUCCAGCAAAUUAGUACCCUUGCUGGAAAUCAAGUUCCGAGCUACUUCGAGUGGGAAGUUCUUUUCACCAUGUCUAUCAUAGGGAUUGGUCUCCUGCUUUUUGCUUUGCUUAUUGGGAAUAUGCAGAAUUUUCUCCAGGCUCUUGGGCGCAGGAGGUUAGAAAUGUCUCUCAGACGCCGUGAUGUUGAGCAGUGGAUGAGUCAUCGUCGCUUGCCUGAAGACCUACGAAGGCUAGUUCGAGAUUCAGAGCGUUAUACUUGGGCUGCAACGAGAGGUGUAAACGAAGAAAGGUUAAUGGAAAACUUACCAGAAGAUCUUCAACGAGAAAUAAGGUGCCAUCUCUUCAAGUUUGUCAAGAAAGUCCGGAUUUUCCAAAUACUGGAUGAACCAAUCAUAGACGCUAUACGUGAGAAGCUGAAGACUAAAACAUAUAUCAAAGGCAGUAACAUCAUGGUUCGUGGUGGCCUCGUUGACAAAAUGGUUUUCAUAAUCCGGGGACAGAUGGUGAACAAGGGAGAAGACGGGAAUGAGUCUUUUUUAAGCGAAGGGGAUGUCUGUGGAGAAGAACUUCUUACCUGGUGCCUCGAGCAUUCUUCCGUAAAUAAAGAUGUGAAGCGUAGGAUCCCGGGACCUAGAUUGUUGAGCAACAGGAAGGUAACGUGCCUGACAAACGUGGAAGCCUUCGUCCUGCGCUGUGCUGAUCUUGAAGAAGUGACGAGUCUGUUUGCAAGAUUCUUGAAAAGUCAACGCGUUCAGGGUGCCAUCAGGUAUGGGUCGCUCUACUGGCGCACACGUGCAGCCAGGCAAAUCCAGGUGGCGUGGAAGUACAGAAUGAAGCGGAUAAACCGCGCAGACUCCGCGUAACACAUCCUCCACAAGUGCAGAUAGAUGAUCCAAGCACAAUGUAGGUGUGUGUUGGUGGUGAGUAAUGUCGAAGAUUAGUUUUUAUGAUUAUUGUGUGCAUCUAAUGAAGUGGGCAGAGAAAUGUUUCGACAUUAUUUUGAGUAGUGAAUAAAUGUGUGAUCUGUUUUGGAGCCAAAAGGUGUUGGACCAAAGUUAGAGAUGCAUUAUUGUAAUUAAAGAUGUCUUACAGAAUAGGUGAGAAUUUUAUUUUCUCUUGUCUGUUUCA